CGACCAUGUUGACAGAGAAGUACAACAAAGGAGACGAAUUGCUUGCAGUGACAUUAACCAUUUUCUAAAUACCACGACGAUAAACAAGUGAUUUACUUCAAAUAUACUGAAGCACACAGCGUCGAUACAAGCAAAGGGUGGCACAGGUGUGGGAUCAACUGGAAUACGACACUGGAAAGGCUCUACUACUCUAUAAUUCCCAUUUACACAGAGCCCGCACACUUCUAUUCAUCUUAACAUCUCUGACGACUCCGCAAGCAUAUACUUGGAAGUUGAAGCAUAACAUUAUUACAGGAACUGAAGGCGAUACAUGUGUUUGGCCUUGGACUUCAGUCACGCUGAAGUGUUGCCUUGUAAAUGAACAUUCCCAAUUUUGAAUGUGAAGAAUUCAACCCUCAGAUGCCGUGGAGGCAAUCUUGCCCGCCAGACAACUGUAUAGAUGAACUGAAUCUGGACUGUGAUCUGAUCAGGAGAUCCAGGAAUUUAAAUGCACAAGGAAGAGUGAGAAUCUGUUUAAGAAACUAUUUCAAAAGUAACACGAAGACAAUAAGAAAGUCGUUCUGAUCACAGGAGCGAUAUUUAGUUCAGAUUGCCUUAGCUGUUCUUUUGCAGGACUAGCCAAUAAUCACACCUGUUCACGUAUAAUUUUCUAUACUGUGUGUAGGUGUACUAUAUUUAUGCACAUAAAUAUUUAUUUACCAUUAAACCUUCUGUGACAGCAGUUGCUCUUAUUUAAAGAGAUGAGCUGUGCAUUGAGCUGUGCAUUGUAAACAUCUCAUAAGAUACUUUAAUGAAGAUUUUUUACUGAGAUAUUGUGGACACUUUAAAUGCUUUAUUAGAUAUUAUAUAAACCUUGGUAAGGCAUUGAAAAGUGGCAAAGAAAAAAGAUUUAUAAACUUCUAAGAAAACCUAUAAAGAACUGAUCUAAUGGCAACAAGGAUGGAGAAUGUUGGCCCUGAUGUCAUAGGGAUGAACAAACACAACAUGCAGCUUAAAGGCCAGCCUAACGCAACGUCUCAAGUAGGACCCCAAACUGCACCCCAAGGUGCUAAACCUGGAAAAGAAACUCCGAAACCUGCCAAUGCCUCUCAAGAAGGACCUGGCAUCAGGUUUGGUGACGACUGGAAAAAAAGCCUAGAGCUCCCCCCUACGGACAACAGAGUCAAAACUUCUGAUGUCACUGCCACAAAAGGGAAUGAGUUUGAAGACUACUGCCUGAAGAGAGAGCUGCUGAUGGGCAUAUUUGAGAUGGGCUGGGAAAAGCCCUCCCCUAUUCAGGAGGAGAGUAUCCCUAUUGCUCUCUCCGGCCGUGACAUACUGGCUCGUGCCAAAAACGGGACAGGAAAGAGUGGCGCUUACUUGAUUCCCCUGCUGGAGAGAAUUGACCUGAAAAAGGAUCACAUUCAGGCAUUAGUCAUAGUUCCCACCCGUGAGCUCGCGCUGCAGGUCAGUCAGAUCAGCAUUCAGAUUAGUAAGCACCUGGGUGGUGUCAAAGUCAUGGCAACCACAGGUGGGACCAACCUACGAGAUGACAUCAUGCGCCUGGAUGAGAUGGUUCAUGUUGUUGUAGCAACACCAGGAAGAAUUUUGGACUUGAUAAAAAAGGGUGUGGCCAAAAUGGAUAAAGUUCACACGAUGGUUAUGGAUGAGGCAGACAAGUUGCUCUCCCGGGACUUUGUGGUUAUUAUUGAGGACAUCAUUAGUUUCCUUGCGAAGAACAGACAGAUUCUGCUCUAUUCGGCAACCUUUCCCAUCAGCGUACAGAAGUUCAUGACGAAGCACCUGCAGAAGCCCUAUGAGAUUAAUCUGAUGGAAGAAUUGACUCUGAAGGGCAUUACCCAGUACUACGCUUAUGUCACAGAAAGACAGAAAGUGCAUUGUCUCAACACACUGUUUUCCAAGUUGCAGAUCAAUCAGUCCAUCAUCUUCUGUAACUCUACUCAGAGAGUGGAACUUUUGGCCAAGAAGAUCACCCAGCUGGGCUACUCCUGCUUUUACAUUCAUGCAAAAAUGAUGCAGGAAUAUAGAAACCGUGUUUUCCAUGACUUCAGAAAUGGACUCUGCAGAAAUCUUGUCUGCACAGACUUGUUCACUAGAGGAAUUGACAUCCAGGCAGUAAAUGUGGUCAUCAACUUUGACUUCCCCAAGAAUGCAGAGACCUAUCUGCAUCGCAUAGGACGCUCAGGAAGGUUUGGACAUUUGGGUGUGGCUAUCAAUCUCAUUACCGCUGAGGAUCGCUUUAACAUGAAGAGCAUUGAGGACCAGCUGAUAACGGACAUCAAACCCAUUCCCAGCAGCAUUGAUAAGAGCCUGUAUGUAGCAGAGUUCCACUCUUUUAACCCUGACUGUGAGGUGGAAGCAGAGGAGGGAGAGACCCAUCGCCCUGGCAGAGAGCCCCAAGCCUCUUAAGCACCACCAGAGCAGGACGUUAAGAGAAACUGAAAUUUGCACAAACCAGUUACUGCUCCACUCAUAUUUGUCCUCCACAAUUGCCAAUGUUUUGUUAAUUUUUGCAUUGAUUGUUUAUUGUUUUGAAUUUCAUGUCUGUCAGACUUAGUAGUAUGCUUUGCACCAGAGACCAAGACUGACUCAUACCUUUUUAGAAAUGACCACACACAUUCCAGUUGGUCCGAUGGAGACUUGCAAUAAAAACCUAUUCAGAUAAGUGUUCCUGUUUGAAAGGCAUUGGUGAAACUGUAGAGUUGCAUGCGUGCAUCAUUAGUCUGUACUCACAGUGCAAAUAAUGCAGACCAUUCACUCGCACUAACUUCACACUUUAUGAGACGGCUUUCCUGCACUCAGUCUCAGACACACAUGAGAACAAAACAUCUUCAACCCAAGUGCCUUAAUAUGUCGCCUCCGUCUUCGAUUAAUAUACAGUAUUUCUAAAGGCUAAAAUGUAGACACAUUGAUGCGGCUUGAUUCUGUGAAAGAAUCAGUGGUAUUCAUUCUAAGUAGUGUAGUGUUUUCAACUUGGAGGAUUGCACUAAAUUGUGAUGAGUUCAUGCAAAAAAAAAACAUGUUUCAACAUUAAAAUAGGUGCUCUUUGUAUUUCUAAUCUCUGACAUUUUGUUUUGGAGAGCAGUGUAAACUAUUAGGAAGCAUAGAAGUAAACUGAUCGUUUCAAUACAUGGUAGCACUCCUAAAUCUGUAAGAACUUGAGGUUAUAUUGCAUUUAAAUUAGACCGGUCCAGAGGAGGAUAUAUAUAUAUAUAUAUAUAUAUAUAUAUAUAUAUAUAUAUAUAACCAUAUUGAGAGGCUUUUUAUAUAUCAUUUUGAAAAAAAUGUGUGUAAAGUUUAACCAUGCUGAGGUUAGAUGCAGUAUUCCUAAUUUAAGCAGGGUCAUGUUAAAAAGCAUGGCAUAAUGCAAAAUGCACAAGACUACUGCAUGAAAGCUGAAUAAAAAUGUAUUGAAUCUCACCACAAAUAAAAUCAAUACAUGCCAAGGAAGACCGAAGUCUGAAUAAAGUCAACAUCGAUUAUCAUAAGUCCUCAAAUAAAUGCACUACUACAUGAAAUGAUUCAUCAAAAGGGCUGUUUGAUUGAUUUCAGUUGAAGAUUGGUGCGAAGACAUGAAUUUAAAAGGUUUGUCAAGUGCUCUGUGCAAAGCAUAUGGACUACGAUUGAAAUGUUCUGUCAUACCAAAAGACCUUGCCGAACUACACAUUUUGGAAAUUACAUUUAUUUUACAGUUUGUGUUUCUUUUGUAUAUGAAUGAAUGUAUAAAAUUGGUUCUUGCAACAUUUAUGUUUCCGAAAUUAAUAUUGUUUUUGCUUUCAACUGAAUUUUGCCUUUGGUCCAUACUCUGUCUAGUCCAUAUUCAUGAUACAAAAUCUUGUAUUACCUGCCAGGAAGAACUUAACUUUGAAUUUUCUUUUAAUGCCAAAAAUGAUUUCUUUUAUCCCCUUUUGGAAGUGGCUUUUUGUAAUCCAGUGUUGCAUUUAUAAAUUGAUAGGGUUUUUGGAACAAGGCAGAGGGUUUUUAUUUGCAUUUUUUUCUUUAGCAAAAUUGUAGCAUCUUCUAAGUUGCAGCUGUGGUUUUUCUACAAGAGAUAUUCUUAUUACUGAAAACAUUGAGAAAAUACUAAACAAAAAAAUGUUUGGACAUUUUUAGCCGGUUCUUGCCGGUUUAGUGCAAAAAAACUCAGUUUACAUCCUUUAGCUAUUUAGCUUUUCCGAGUUGAAUUAAGAGACCUUGUGCUAGACAACAAAUCUCUGCUGAAGAUACUGUGCUAUUGAAACAGAUGUUUCUUAAAACGUAAAGAUAUUUGCUUUAUUCAAAACCUCCACCAAAAUGUCCAUUUGUUCACUAGGAGGAGUUUAUUACUUUAAGCAUCCAGUUAUACAGAUGAAAAUUAUUAUUAUUAUAAUUAUUAAAAUGAUUUAUGGUGAGGGUGUUUCUGGAAAAUGGCUUGGUACAAUUAAAAGAAGAUUCAAAAUCAGGAUGGCAGGAGCCAAGGGUGUGAGGGACAGGCCGAUUUUGGGGGUUCGUUUUUUAAUUUUAUUUGUUUGUUUUUUUGAGGAUUUCAGGACAAAACCUGUGGCAGAACCAAAAAUAUAUUGCUGUACUGUGCUGAUUGAAUGCUUUUUUUUUGUGUGGCUGUCUGGUGCUGUCAUGUUUACAUUUUUGUCUGUAUUAUUCAUUUUCUUUAAAUAGCUUUAUGGUUAUAGUUCAUUAUUGUGUGGACGAGAGUGUGUGUUCCAUAAGUUCAAUAUAUUCAUAUCAAAUGUUCCAGAGUUAUAGCAAAGAACUGAGCCAUAACCUUUAUCAAAACAUCACAGACAGCAUGAAUUGGAUCCCACAAGGGGAUGAUGUAUUUGCAUCCGAAACAUAUGAUUUCUUGAAUGUUAUAGACAGACAGCUCCUUUGUUCUAAAAUUGUUAAUCUGUUUCCUAUAAAAAUGAUUGUUGCCCUAGUUUAUAUUGUUAUUAAAGAAUACAAAAAUGUUCAAUGAAAUAUUACUUCUGAAUCAAAAUAGUAUGUUCCACUUAACGUUUCUUUUUUGACUUGUUCAAUAUAGCUUUUUUCACAGUUCAGAAAUCUUUUGUAUGUUGAAAUACAUCUUUGUCCAUGAAUAUGUUUGUUGUUUCUAUGUAAUUUUACAUCUGCCUUAGGAGAAGAGAGAAGAACUGUGUUUAUUGAUAUGCUCUGAACCUAGCUGUGAUGGCUUGGUUUGUCCACCCUGUGCUUCCAGUCUGUUUAUUCCCAAGUUACUGCUGUUUUUUUUUUUGUUUUUUUUUUAUUGUAUUCUUUUUUUAUUCGAGGCAACGUUUCUGCUCAAAGUAUCGGUUUGCAAAGAAAAUCUAAUUGGGAAUUGCAGCAGUCACCCAGUCCUACGUUGUCACCAUUUUGUUAUUGGCUUAGAUGAUAAUAAAGUUACAAUGUGGUCUGUGGAAAUAUCAUCAGAGUGAGUAGAGAGUGAUUAAUUAU